AAGGUCCCUGAACGCGCUGUGCCCCCAAGCAACCCAGCACCAGCAGCGGGAGGCGGCAUCGCCCCCGAGCGUGGCGAGGCCAAGCCGCAGAUACCGACGGAGACAGCGACGCCAGGCGCCCACGCUGACGCAAGCACUCCCAUUGGAGAACCCAACGCAACUUCAAUGCCAGAGGCGGCGGGCGGGAGAGGUGAGCUUCGCCGGCCUUCCCUCCUGGUUUUUGGGGGCUUUUCUGCCACUGGGCGUUGAAGGUUUCUGCGCCCCCCCCCCUCCCCAUUUCACCCCACGAAGUAACACACACGGCGCCCACGCCACAUAA